GGAAGUGACGACGGAGGUUUCGAAUGGUCCGCGCGGAGCAAGGGAAGAGCCGAAGUAAACGGCCGGGAGUGGUGACAGAAAUGGAGGGCAUACCCAGAAAAGGGGCCAUGAGGGACUACAAAGAGCUGCUGGAACAGUUUGAGAAACCAUUCCAAACCCUGCUUCAUACACUGACCACCGGCAUAUCAGGAGCUACCACUGCUUUUCACGUUCUACAGCGCAUCCAAUCAAAGCAGCCUCUACAUUGGAAAACGUUCACAGAGACAUUAUGCCAGCUUGAACCAUUGUUGGAAGGGAAGGAGCAGAACAUUUGUCUAAGACCAUUGUUUUAUCUUUUACCGGCGAUGGUCAGAAGAAAUCUUUUGUCAUUUCUUCAUCUGGGGAAUGCUGUUAUACCUAAAGACUGUCUGCAUCAUCUCAUUGUCCAGUUGAGACAAAACCCACAUGCUGAUCUGUGGACACAGAAAUUACUUGAUAUCCUGGAGCAGGAUGUAGAAGGUGGACUAAGGCAUUUGAAGUCUAUUUCACAAUCAGAGCAAUCUCAGCAGCAAUUAAAAUCUCUCUGUGAAAAAUUAGUGGGUAUUUCUGAGGAGCGCUCAGAUUCUGAGAAAAGGUUGGGGUGGUACUUCUGUCAACAGAAAAAUGAAUCCUCUGAAGGUACAGAAGACAAGCUGCUGUUAACACAGAACCCCAAAAAACGGAAAAUCUCCUCAGAAGAUGCGUUUCUCUUGGAUGAUGGUGAGCAAAAUGCAACAAAGAAAAUCAAGUUGGUUCAAGACAUUUCCUGUUUGGAGCCCUGUGUUGGCACUGAGAAGCAGGAUAUCACCACAAUGCCUGGGAGUUUGGAAAAUGUGGAAGUUGUCUGUCCACAGGCUCAAGGCCAUUUGGACAUCGUUGAGGUGGAACAGAAAUCACCUUCAAGCACACAGAGGAGCCUUGAUUUUCCAGAACAUGUUAAGGCUUCUGUAUCCAGCCUGAGGGAUCUGUUUGGGGCUGAAUCAGAUAAGUUGGAAACGUCUGAAGAACUAAGCAUCAUGAAUGAAUGUGACACAAGUCAGCUGGAGAAACUCUGUUUAUUAUUGCAACUGUCUGAACUUCCAGAGCACCUCCUGCCUUUGACGUGCAUCAAACUGAUUUCCUUGUCAUCUGAUCUCAGUUACAGUAAUGCGGCUGUGCUGGCUCGGAACCUCUUCUUGACAAGGAUACUUUCACUGACAGAGCCUGCCUCACGCUUUCUAAUGGCUGCCAUCACUUCAUUUUGCAAGAAAUAUGCACGUCCAUCCUGCACCGCUCUGAUUGGGCCAAUCCUUCAGAAUCCAGACAUAGGAGGUAUUCAAGUGGAACUGAUUUGCAGACUUGCAGAAGACUGCCUCAAACCAGAGCAUCUAACAAUGAUUUUUAGGCACAUCUUGUCCAUUACAUGGAGUGAAGACCUACUUUCUGUGGUACAUACAUUGCUUGAGAGGAAGGUUGAAAUAACACCUGAACUAUUUGACCAGUUUGUUCAAAAGUUAAGUCAGCACGCAGGAAAUUUCAGCAACUCCAUGAAGUAUGCCAAAGUGGUGCUGGCUGCACUUACAAAGUACCAGAACUACGUAACAUCUGUACACAAGAACUUGCUGUCCUGUGCCCUAGAUUUACACAAAACAUUUCUGAAGAAAUCAAUGCAGGCAGCACUGAAGCACAUUGAUACAUGAAUUGUUCGACAUCCAGAACAGGAGUGGGACAGGGAUUGUAUAUUUAUUAUUUGUGAAACAGGCAGUACAAUUCACAAUAAAGUUAUAUUAUGUAACAGUAUGUAAAAAUAUUUGCAAUUUGUCAGUUCAUGCUGCAAUUACUCUUUCACUAAUGCAUAUUUUCACAACAAAUAGUGCAGCUGCGAUCAUGAUUACGCAGGGUAAAUAACAUUGAGUUACCCGAUGUGGGCAACCUUUUGAUACCAUCUUGGAUACACUAACUUUCCAGUGGCACCUAAAAAUGUACUUCUCAGC